AUGCUGCCAGCGCUUAUUACCCCGUUGGUUCGUAGUCUGACAAAGAAUGGGAUAAAGAUUACUGACGCUGCUGUGAGCAGCCUCAGGAACAUUCUUAAGCCCUCCGAAUUCCUUCGCGUCAAUGUAAUGACAUCUGGCUGUGCAGGCCUAACCUAUAAGUUUGCUGUAGAUACGGACCGGCGAAAGGACGAUGAUGUGACGAAAAAGGGAGGCGUUGAGCUGCGUGUUGACAAUAAGGCUCUAGCAUAUGUUAAGGGGUCAACGAUCGAUUUUAUCUCGGAGCCGUUCCGUCAGUACUUCGUCCUCAAAGACAACCCUCAGUCUAGCGGCAGCUGCUCGUGUGGGGAAAGCUUUGAGAUCCCGGGCCUUGAUAUUGUCCCGACUCCCUGCCAUUAA